AUGCAUCCACCUUCUCAUCUCGCUCCCUCUACCAGGAACCUUGAUUUUAUAAGAAAUAGUAUCUUUAUUGGAGUUAAUCGCAAGUGGGUCUGGGGGGCAAACAAAAGGUCCCAUACUGGCUCUGAUGAAGAGGAGGGAACCCGAGACCCAAAUGUUGCUCCCGCUGAUUUUACUAGUUGGGAAGCUAAGGUUAUAAAUCAUCAAAAAUAUGAUGAAAAGGCGGAUGUUUUCAGUUUUGCGAUUGUUUUAUGGGAGCUUGUGACAGCUAAGGUUCCUUAUGAGAAGAUGACACCAUUGGCUCCAUUAGAAGAGGAUGCUAAGACGCUCUUCUCACCAUCAUUCAUCUCCAAAAGAUGGGGUUAG